AUGCCUCGACGCUCAUUACGACCACGGCGGCAUCCAAUUCAUCCAUUAAAUGAUGAUGAUAACAAUAAUAAUACGAAUGCAUUAUCAAAUCAAAAUCUUUUACAAAAUGAACAGCCAGUUACAACACAAGAUACUAUAGUAACAACGGUUAAUUCAGUACCUGAUAUUACAUCAGACUCAUCGUCAGCGCCAUCAAUGUCAGGAGCUAGUAGUGAACAUAAGAAGCAUCAUCACAAUACGAGAACAGACCAAUUAAUAGCAAAUGUAACAACAUCUCCUACGCCACCGCAACCUUCUAAGACUACAAGUUCAUUUUUAGCAACGUUUACUGGCGUAAAAAAUUCUUUGCUUGGAAGAACAAAUGCACCAGCUCCGUUUUUUCAAGCAGUUGAAGAAAAUAAAUCACUGUUAAAUUAUCUUUCAUCUGUACCAAAUCCUAGUUUAAGUGCUGUACAAGAAUAUGAACGUGACGGGGCACAAAUAAAUGCUACUACCGAUGAAGGAAAUACGGCUUUACAUUUAAUUGCGCGUACAGAAAUAAUUUCAACAGAAAGUGUUAAUAUUGUGGAUUAUUUAACAAGAAAAGGUUGCGAUCCCAAUAGACAAAACGACUAUGGAUGGACAGCAGCUCAUUAUGCAUUAGCAAAUCAUAACACCGAUCUAGUGGUAUAUUUACUCAAAGUAAUGGUUGAGGUUAAUUUACCAACAUUCGACAUACAUCAUGGAUAUCCAACUCAAACUCAACUUCUGCAUAUUGCAGCACGAAACAAUGAUAGCGCAUUAAUACGUCUUUUAAUAAAAACCUAUAAAGCACGUGUAAAUAUAUUUGAUGAAAAUGGUUGUACACCAUUACAUAUUUGCUGUUAUGAAAAUAAUAUCGAUGCACUGAAAGCGUUACUUGAAAACGAUGCCGAUUUUCAAAAAGGUACACGUUUAAAUCCACACGAAACACCAAUCAGUAUUUGUGUUAAAUAUCAACAUGAUCAAUGUUUAAAAGCUCUAUUUGACUACACAACAAAUUUCAAUUGGAAACGUUAUUUUUCUCAAUUGCCACGUUCCCCGUUGCUAUGUGAUUUUCCAAGUAUAUAUGGAAUUGAAUUAUUAGUUCAACAUUCGCUGGAUAUUAAUCUGUGUGAUGAACGUGGAAAUACAUUUUUACAUUAUUUAGUUGCUAAAAAAAGUGUUGAUUACGAAAACUAUAUUAUUAAAUUAAUUGAAGCAUCAGCAGAUUUUAACCAACAAAAUCGUCUUGGACGUACACCAUUUCUUGAAGCACUUGAACAAAAAAAUUUUGAUCUAAUCGAUGCAUUUUUCCGCCAUAUUGAAUUCACAAAUAUAAAUGUUGUUGAUUCUCUAUCGAAUACAGCGUUACAUUAUUGUAAAUAUUUAGAUAAAAAUGAUAUUUAUGAAGCUGUUUUCCGAUCAAAUCCGUCGUCACUAAAUGCACAAAAUCGAGAUGGACAAACGCCAUUACACGAUGCGGUUCUAGUUGAUAAUUAUUCAUUUGCACGGUUUCUUCUUCAAAAGGGUGCUGAUCUUAGUUUAGUUGAUAAAGAUGGAAACACACCGUUGCAUUUAUCUGCAAGAGAUGAUAAUUCAAAAAUGUGUCGAUUACUAAUGAAAUAUCCAAAUCUUGAUUUAAUUGCAGUUAAUAAAAUGGGAAAAACGCCUCUGCAUUUAGCUUGCGCCAAUGAAAAACCAAAUGCUGCUGCUAUAUUAAUUAAUAAAAUGAAAAUUGAACAAAUGAAUCUAUUAGAUAGACAAGGACGUACACCAUUACACGAAUGUGCAGACAAUUUAAAUGGUUCCUUGGCGAAAUAUUUGAUUCGGCAUGGGGCAGAUGUUAAUGCGAAGGAUAUAAGACAAAAUAGUCCAUUACAUUUAGCAACGGAAAAAGGUAAUAUUGAACUUGUACUUACAUUAAUAAAAUCGCCAAACGUGGAUAUCAAUCCGCUAAAUGCUGAUGCUCAAUCGCCACUUGCUCUAGCGAUAUUAUAUACUCACGAUGAUGUCGGAAAGCUGAUACUUAGUCAAGAAGAUAUUCAUGUACAAUCAACUGAUUUAAAAAUGGCGAUGCAAAUGAAUAAUUACGAAAUGAUUAAAUUAUUAAUUGAAAAAGAUCGUAAUUGUUUACAUGUACGUUCAUCGAUGCAUGGCGAUAUGAUUAUACAUACGUUUAUGCGAACAAACUUCAAUAAUUUAGUUUGUCUUGAAACAUUACUUUCGUAUAUAUCGGAUAAUGAAUUAUUAACAUAUUUAUCGUUAAGUAGUUUAGCUUAUGGCGACAAUCUACUUCAUAUUGCAGCUCGUGAUGAUACUCCAAAUGGUUUAACUUGUUUUCUGAAUUUAUCACGAGUUAAAUUUUGGUUUUGGGCUAAUAUGAUGUUAAUAAAAAACAAUGAAAAUAAAACUCCUAUGGAACUAGCCAAUGAAUUUAAACACUAUGCAGUUAUUAAAUUGAUAAAUUUCAAAUGGAAAGAAUCCUAUGAAUACCUAUCGCAUUCGUUACGUGAUGGUCAUUGUGGCGUAUCAUCAACCGGCGUUACACAAGCUAAACGGCAAUGUUUCAAUUGUAAGCAAACAGGUUUCAUUGAAUCAUCAUCUGGACAAAAUAUACGACCGUGCGAUAAAUGCAACGUUUGCUUAUAUAAAUCAUUUGAUAAUAGUAUGCAAACAUUUCUAGCGUUACUAUUCAGUGAUGAAUCAAGUACAAUCGCUCUUGAUAUUAUGGAUUCAUUAAUUGUUGUUAAUGAAGUACAAAAAGCUGUUCAUCUUUAUCUUGAUCAUAUUGAACCAUGGGAAGAAUUUGAUAAAACUGAUUUAAAUGAUUCAUCGUAUCUUAAUCAAUUAAUCGUUGCUUCGAACAUUCGAAUUCCGAAAGCAAAAAAUCGUUCUAAAGAAAAAUCAGCGUUACCAGUUCCACCAAUGAAUUCUGGUGGAUCAUCAUCAUCAGCAGCAGCAGCAGUAGUAGCGCCGAAUAUGUCAGAAUCAAUAAUAAAUCCUGCACAUGAUCAUCGAGCAUCAGUUACAACAAAAUGUCGACCUAAUGGCACACAAUAUCGUCCAAUAACACCAUUGGAAGCAAUUUAUUAUCAUGAACGAUUGGACUUAAUAACACAUCCGCUUAUCAAAGGUCUUAUCAAAUGGAAAUGGGAUAAUUAUGCUGCAAAACAUUUUUAUCUUCGCCUCUUCUUUGAAGUUGUAUUUCUUAUUUUAUGGACAUGCACUGCAUUGAUAGGCUCAUUUCAUGUUCGUUAUGUUUAUCAGUUUCCUCAUGAUAUAUGGCGUUGUGUACUUUGGGUAUUCUGUAUUGGUUUCUUAAUAUGGUCAAUUGUUCUUGAAUUAUUUGAGAUGCGAUCUGCAAGGAAACGUUAUGAAGAUUAUCUUAUUUGGGAAACAGAACGAACAAAUAAUCGAUUAGAUUUAAUAUCAAAAAAUAAAUACAAACCAAAUACUCGUAUGCAAUCAGCAAACAGCAAUCUUCGUAAAUUUGAAAAUGAUACUGGUGAAACAGAACAUAGUACUAUAAAUGAAACAAACACAGCAACGUCAGUUACAACAUCAGCAGAUAUGUCAUCAAAUAUUAAUUUAACAGCAAUGCGUUCUCACCAUUCGCAACAUCAUCCAUUGCCGCCGGCAAUACCAACGAUGAUCAAAGGUAAACUCAGUGAACCUUUACCAACGCAACAACAACCUUUUGAUACGCCAGUGAAUCUUUCUGAUCCUUCAAAUGCCGUCACUAAUGAUUCGAAAAAGAAAACUGGACUCAAUGGUGUAACAAGUGUAACAUUUCCUUCUGAACAAAGCCAUCCAAUAAAACAAACAAGAUUUAUUCGAAUUUUCCGACGAUUGAGAGCUUCUAUCAAAGGCGUACUUAAAUCAUAUUAUAUGUAUUAUUCAUUAAAUAAUCUAUUCGAUUGGUUUAUUUAUAUAUGUUGUUUAGUAACACUGAUAACACAUUUUGUUGAUGUUGGUGGCCAUACAGUCAUGCGUGCACGCAGUCACAUGUAUGUUGCAUCGAUUACAGUUAUAUUGAUAUGGUUUCGAUUUAUGGUAUUUUUUCGUACAGUAUCUGUAUCGUUCAAAACAUUAAGAUCCAAACUAGUUGAAAUCAAAUUAGGAGAAUUGGUUAUUAUGGUUCGCAUGAUGUUCGAUGAUAUCAUACGUUUUCUAUCAGUGUUUGCUUUUCUUCUUUUACCAUAUGCACUCGUUUUCUAUGCCGUAUUUGGUGGUAAACAAAUUAUCUAUGCUGAUUAUAAAGCAACACCUAAACUAUGCGAAACAGCAUUACUUUAUUGUCCUAUUGAAGAGAUUACAACGCCAUUCGAUGGAACUACAGAGUCACUUCAAGGUCCAAAUCGUUAUAUAUUCAAUGGAACAUCACCAGUUGUCGGCGAUUUAUGCUUUCAAGCAACCGAUGCAUGUCGUAUAAUUGAACCAAAUGGUUUCGAUACAUUUUACUCAUUACUUUUCUCCAUCUUUCGUAUUGCGUUAGUUGAUGAGAUUCCCAUAGAUUCAUUUAAUUUAAUUGAUCAUUUUUUUGCUGCAUUUGUAUGUGGCACCUAUCUUCUGUUUACUGCAAUAUUAGCUGUUAACAUUUUUAUUGGUCUUAUAUCGAAUGCUCUACAAACCGAAGCAUUUUCCACAGUUGAAGCCCGUUUUCUUCUUGAACGUAUCGAAGUUAUAUUGAAUUGCGAAUCACGUUUAUCGCCUAAAAGACGUUUACAACUACAAGAAAUAAUUCAUCGUCAAUGUGCACCAUUACAAUUAAAUUGGAAAGAUAUUAAUUUUAAUGCAUUCGGACAAUCACGUGAAGAACAACAAACAAAAGCAUUUUCACAUUUUCGAGAAACAAUGGAUAAGAAUAGCAUCCAAUUUAAUUCAUUUCGCAUACAAAUGCAGCAAAAAUUAAAUGAUAUCGAUUCAACAUUAGUAAAAUUUCAAACAACUCCAACAGCAAAACAAAAUUCACCGGCAGACACGAUCGGACAAAAAUCUACUGCAAACGUACAAUCAUCAUCAUCACCAAAAGAUCUUUCAUCAGAACAAAAUAUAGACGAAUUGAAUCAACCGCAAUCAUUAGCACCAACCACUGACACAGAACCAGCAAUAAAUAUAGCUGAAGAAUUAACUCGAUUACGAGAAUUAUUAGUAGACACACUUGGCGGACAAACUGAUCGAUUGACUUCGCAUGAGCAUCGAACAAAAAGCGGUUCAAUAACUAGUGCACCUGCAAAUCGUCCAUCAGCUGCUGGUAUACCGUCUCAGCAGCAAGCGGGAGCAACUAGGGAAAGUCUAGUUGAACCGUUUUCUCAAAAUUUAAAUGAACGCGUUACAAAUUUACAAUUAGCUGUUAAUCGUCUUCAUCAAGAUGUAACUGUGAUUCGGCAAGUAAUCGAAAGAUUAUCACCGCUAUCGACUAGUCUGAUUCUUGGUAGACCAAUUCGACGACGAUAA